AUGGUAUGCCUGCUUAUAUCAAUUUUCAUGUCUUUAGAGUAUCCUUACAUAUAAUGGGUCCGCGGUCAUUGGGAUGAAGGGAAAGGACUGCGUUGCCAUUGCAACAGACUUGCGGUUCGGCAUUCAAUAUCAGACAAUUUCAACUGAAUUCUCGAAGGUGGAGCAGCUCGGACCUCGUUUGUUUGUCGGCUUUCCAGGCCUGGCGACGGACAAAGAGACUGUGUAUGUUGUCUUACCUGUUUAUAUUGACUGCAGCUAAAUAUUUUUGUAAGAUUUCAAGGUUUCGUGAAGAUUGGUCGAUCAAAUUGAUUUUGUAGAUUGCAUCGUUCUUAACUCCCGCCCAUUCUUUGAUUUGUGCUAGCGUUACAUAGUAGAUUUGAAACCGUUUGAAAAUUACAUACCCAUCUUUGACCCCUAAUCAUCUUUGAUUUUGUUCGUCUAAGACCUACGUGUAGGGAAGCGUUUCGAUACCUUCAAUUUUGCAACCCCGAAACCUCCAUGAGUCUCGUCAGAUGUAGUAAAAAUGUGAUUCACAGGUGGGGUGGCCGUAGAGGGAGAGGCUGUCGCGGGGUGGAUUGUCCUCCUUUUUCAUAUUUAGUUCUGACUGCGGCCGCCUCACACCUCACAUACUACCGGAAUUGGUGCCGCCGCCCUCCCUUUUGAUUUCACCACGAGUACACAAGAAACGAAAGUAAGGAAAGCCAAGUUUGGACAGUAGAGGGAGUUUUUGAUGUCGCACGAGUUAUUUGCAUGAUUGUUGCUUUUGCUGUUUUCACGGUCAUAGCUCUUUUCGUCCGGUGAGAGAAGUGAAAGACAGCUACACAUUAGUUGCCGGUUAACGCUGUUUACAAUUUCUCUUUAAGACAGUUCAUUUUUACUUUACUAGUCAUCUGCUGACGGAAAUAAGUCAAAACCGACCAGUAAAUUUGUUGAGAUGUAGACGCAUGAUAUUUUCUCGCGUAUGACCAGCUAAGCACCAAGGGUCAUGUCAGUGAGAAUUUGAUGUUUAUUCCUUUCGCCGAAAGAACCGGCUCUCGACAGCCUGCAUAAGUACAUAUUUAAGGAGGCUCUGAAAUGUUUCCACCUCAAACCACAACAUUGGUAAUUACUAAUCGACUAUUUCGUUUCUUAAUUCGAGCCAGUUAAGUGGAUGUGCCAGAGUUUGCGUGCAUAUUUUCAAGAAUUCUGCUUCCCAUAUCAAAAAAUGCAGAUUUUUCCACAAACGUUACGUCAUUUGCUCCUUCUGUGUUUUAUAUAUUAGUGAGUAAGUGACGGAUUUUAUGAAACUGUGAGGUUUUUAAUGUCUGACAAUGGACAUAUAUUUUGGAAACGACUUUUUUCUAUUAUAGCUUCCAGCGUCUCCAGUUCCGGAAAAACAUGUACGAAUUGCGCGAAAAUCGUAAUGUCAAGCCGAAAACACUUCAGUGCAUGCUGUCAAAUCUUCUUUAUGAGAGAAGGUAACACCCGGUGCAAGUUUACUUCUUCAGAUUUGGCCCCUAUUUUGUAGAGCCCAUUGUAGUUGGGCUGGACCCGAUUACAGAAGAACCUUUUGUUGGUGGCAUGGAUUUAAUUGGUAGUGGGCUUGAAACUGAUGAAUUUGUUGUUGCUGGAUCAUGUCCCGAGCAGUUGUACGGCAUGUGCGAAACUCUGUGGGAGAAAGACCUUGUAAGUGUCCGUGUCCGAUAUUCUCUUCUAGGCACUCCAUAACCUUUUCUGUUCCUUUCCCGUUUUGGUUGCAUGCUUCUGCUAUUGCUUUUAGUGCACCCAGUAAAAAGCCGUAUGCGCACAGAUUCACAGACUUAAGAGGCCAUGGUACAUUUAUUUCUUUGUCUUAUUUGCCGUUAAAUUUCAGACCUUAUAAAUACAGUUGUCCGAUAAAGAUCCCGAGCUGUCAUUUGUCAUCCAUCCUUGUGCGAAAGCAUUUAAGGUGGUCGAGGUAGUGGAUUGCAGAGUGGUGCGAAGGUUCUUAAUUAGUUUCAGCACAAACGCGUGUUAAAUGGUAGCGAGAGAUUUGAUGAGUCGAUUUCCCCAAAAGAAAAGGCCAUUUCGCGCAGUCUCGGCCCGCUGUCUGAUCUCCACAUGAGGUAGUGCUUUUGCGGCUUACGCCAUUAAGGCAUGCGAUAGAUGUGACCAAGGCAGCGCAGAUCACGAAAUAUGGUGAUAUGGUUCACUGACUGCCCCCGGUCUGACAUACGUGGCGAAGAAGUUAUUCUUUCUCGAUAUCUUGAUCAAAACGAGCAGUCACUGCAUCUUUGCUUUUUAGUCGUUUGGCUUCUUAUCCAUCCCAAGUAAUUGUAAGACUCAGACGUCGCUGAAAGAGUACUCGUGACCAUCAAUUUGGCUCCAUAUAGAUGCGAUCGACGGCUGGGCUGCCUGCGUGAUAGUACCAACGGUACGAUAAAACUUGAGUGAUAUGCCGUUCGAGGAAUGCGGAUUUUCAUAAUUAUUGACUGUUAAAGCAUCGUUUCAUAUGUACGCUACUAGUUUUGUGGACAUAUUUAAUAUCCUACGGUAAGCCGUCUCCUCCAAUUACCACAAGAAAACGGGCAUCAGCACUCCAGUUUUGACUUUGAUAAGGGGUCUUAUUAAGCAACAUAUUCAUUGCAUAUUCUUUGAGAACUUCAUACUCUCUCAUGGGAUGAGUGCUGGAGAUGGUUAAUUCUGGCUUUGAUUUCAAAAGUAGUUAUUUUUCUUUCGCAUUUUAGAAGUCUGAUGAGCUGUUUGAAUGUAUCUCACAGUGCAUGUUGAACGCCUUAAACCGGGAUUGCAUCGCUGGAUGGGGUACACGAGUCUACCUUAUGUAAGUUGUUUUCCUUUUUUUCUGAUUCUUUUUUUCCCUAGAGAAAAAGAUCAGGUCACCAUAUCCGAUAUAAAAAGCCGCAUGGACUAA